GAUAUGUCCCAGAUACCUUUAUUUUUAAAGAUUAAGCCAAGCAUGGGCGAAGAAUCGACUAAGGUAUUCACACAACUCUCAGAUAAAGCCAUCCAAUUUAAUAAUGAAAAUUAUGAUUUUGAAAGAAUCUUCACUGCUGAGUUUAGUCCAAAUGAAUUUAGUAAAUACGUUGACAACGACGAAAAUCAAUCUUCGUGUUAUAUUUUCAUGGGUCCUACAUCCAGUGGGAAAACAACAACCAUCAAAUCAUUGGUAUUUGACAAAAUAAAACAGAUUGAACCAAAAGACCCAGUUUCGGUGACGGCCUUUGAAGUAAGUGAUAAUAAAUUCUACUCCGAUUUAUUACAAAAUGAUAAAACCAAGACCAAGAAGUCAUUUCUAUCUUCAGUUCCAAUUGAAUCUCAAUUAAGAAAGGAAAGAUUACUAAAACCAAAAUUAGCUGAAAGCUUAUUACAUAAAGUUUUCAAUAGAAGGGUAACUCAAAAAACUUCUUUCAAUAAUGAAUCUUCAAGGUCAUGCUUGGUUUUAACCUUCUAUUCAAGAAACAAUACCAAGAGAGUUACUUAUAUUGAUUUAAUGGGAAAUGAAAAAUUCGACAAAGCAGUUCCUUCAGCAAACAUAUUUGCAAAUAUGAACAUGAGUUCAAUCACUCAAUUAUUAACUAAUAGUCCUAAUAAUCCUGCUUUGAUAAGAUCUUCUAACAGAAUCACCAAUUUAAUAUUUCGUAACCAGAAACAACGUGGAACUAUUAAAAUAAUUCUUACUUUAGAUCAAUAUGGGGAUUAUAACCUUACAAAAUCAACUCUUAAUAACGUUGCUCAUUUGAUAAAAAGAGCUAAAAUUGAUAAUACUCAAUCUAGUGAUGAAAAUGUGUUAAUGAAUGCCCCAAAUCUUACCUUACCAAAUUAUGCUAGACCAACUGCUUCGAGUAUUGUACCAAAUCAAUUGAAGAACAAGCGAAUUCUUUGUACCGAUGGGUCUCCAAUGUUAAUGUUUACUUCAACCCCAGCUGACGAUUUACCAUCGAAAAAUGAUUCCAUUGCUCUUGAUCCAAUCAUAAAGCCAACUUCGGGUGUUUCUCCUAUAUCCAAAAAGUCUCACAUUAAAACUCCAACAAGAUUCAAAGUUCCUCAUAAUAAAUCAUCAGCUGUUGCCAAUAAAUUAACCGCUAACUUUUAUGAAGUCCAAAUUCAAAACUUGAAAUCAACGGUACAAGAACUCGAAUUAAAGAAUCAACAAUUACAAAAUGAUCACCGUAAAGUCAUUGAGGUUCUUACUCGAGAAAAACUCGAUUUGAAUAAUGAUUUGAUUAAUUUUAAGAAAGAUCAUGAGCUCGAAGUAAAUUCUAUUAAAGAGAAAUUGAAUGAAUCUGAUAUAAUCAUAACCAAUAAUAAAAUUUUACUUCAACAAAAAGAUCAAUUAAAUGAAAAAGUCAAUCAAUUUCAAAUAGAUCUUUCUAACUACAGAAUAGGCCACAAUAAUUUGAAUCAAACAAUUCUCAACUUGAAACUAAGUAUCGAAGCCCUUAAUGACAAAAACAAAGGAAUAAUCGAUUCUAAAUCAGAUUUGGAAACGGAGUUGGAAUCGCUUAAGAAAAAACUUGAUGAAGUAGAAAUGGAUAAUUCAGUUUUUAAAGCUGAAUACCAAAGAAUUGAGGCAGAAAAUGAAAGCUUCAAAAAGCAAAUCGAAUUUUUGAAAGAGACUAAUGAUUCGAAUUUGAAAGAAAUUAAAGAAGAACUUGCUCAACAGUUCCAAUUGUUACGUGAAAGAGAUGAGUCUAUUCAACAAUUGACCAGUGAAAAUGAAAGUUACGUUAAGGUAAUUGACGAGAACAACUCUACGAUCGAUAGUCAAAAAGAUAUGAUAACUUCUUUAACCGAAGAAAAUACUAUUCUGGUAGAGAGUGAACUUGAUACUUUGAAUUCUUCUUAUCAAGAAGUAUUAGCAACUUCCGAAGAGCUCAAGUCUGAAAAUAAAACGAUCGUUGAUAAAUAUAAUGACUCACUUAAAGAAAAUGAAGAAGUAAGAAAUGAAAAUAAACUUAUCAACAGCAAAUACAAGAAUUCAAUAAAAGAAAUAUCUUCAUUGAAGAAAGAUAUGAAGGGAAAUGUUGCUCAAGUUACUGAAAAAUUUAAUAAGUUACUGAGUCCCGACAAGCCUAUUUCUUUAUCCAGUCCUCUGUUAAAUCCAUUUUUAGAUCCAUCUCCGGGCUCCAAGUUUGACGCCACGAAAGAUAUUUUCAGUGAUAAAAUUGAAAAACCACACUUUAACAAGCGCAUGAACUCAAGUACAAAUUCAAGUCCUUUAAAAAAUUCUAAU